ACCCCAACUUUCCUUUUCUUAACCCGGAUAUCUCCUUUGCUUUGCCUCACAAGAUACUCACUUUCUCACAUUGACACCGAACUCUAUUCACUGUUAAACUGCUGAUACUUAUGCUUUCCUUAAUUGGCUCGCCAGUAGACUCCAUUAUUUAUUGUAUUUUUAGAAUUAUUUAUUUAUGUAUGUGAGUACACUGUCGCUGUCUUCAGGCACACCAGAAGAGGGCAUUGGGUCCGAAUGCAGAUGGUUGUUAGCCACCAUGUGGUUGUUGGGAAUUGAACUCAGGGCCUCCAGAAGAGCAAUCAGAGCUUUUAACAGCUGAACCAUCUCUGCAGCCUGACUCCCCCCUCCUACCCCCUUUUUUUUAAAUCUCAAUCGUUAAACUUAGCUUCAGGAUAUUUGAUCACACUGUGAACCCUGAGAUUGUGUUAUUUACAAGAAAACCCUGUUUCUAGUGGUGGUGUAGCCCAGCCCUUAAUGCACACCUUUAAUUCCAAAUAAGGAAGGUAACGUUAGUUUGUAGAAGGAAGCACCCAUGUUUGAAAGUGAUGUCUAAUUGAGUGGCAGAGCGCCAAAUCAUAGACUAGGAUAUGCCCAGUUCUCACCAGAACAGACAGGAAAGGGAAGCAAUGCAGAGAGGAAGGGGGCGGUUUUACUGGGAAGGUUGUGCACGGACAGGUUGGAGAGAGAACGAGCCAAAGAAUGAGAAGGAACCAGAAGACUAGAACAUGUUGGCAAAAUGAGUUUGAGGCCAAGCAGAGUAAAUCAAUAAGAAACUGAGAGAAGUCUAUCUGAAUCAGUCAGCUUGGAGGGGAGUUUGAACCAGAACAGCUGAGUUAACCAGCUACCCCUAAACUCAAGAGAACAAGAAAGGGAGAGCUUAUUCAGCAGCAAGUCUCAGCAGCUGAGAACAUUCCAGGCCUAGAAAGGUUGUACAGACACUAGAAGCUUCCAGGACUAGGCCUAGGUUAGUAGACAGAGGCAGGAAGCCUUAGAGAAGACAUUUACUUCAGGUAAAGAGAAGUUCUAUUUCCAAAACUCUGUCCCACUGGGAUAGAAGCUUUAGCACUUACCUCCAAAAUCAUGAUGCCUCAAGGUAUCUUCCCUACUUGUUAAUCAACAUCUCUCUCCAUAAGGUUUUCUCCAAGACUCUGCUUCUCAGAUCUCUUCGUGUCUUUUGAUACACCUUAUAGUUUAAUCUUAACCCCCCCCCCCAUUUUUAGUUUCUUCAUAAAAGCCCUGUGGUCUUCUUGGCUUAGGGUAAUUGUAGUAACAUAGUAGUAUCUCAAGAAAUGUUUUCCAAUUGGACCAGAAGGAGUUUAAAACUUGCCUUUAAAAGGCUUCGUAUCCACUCACUGAUUAAUUCCAUGCUACAUAGGAAGAUACAAGAGUGAGAGAGAGAGCUAACUUAAUUCAGUUGACAAGGCUUUGUGAACAUCUCCCAGAAGAGUUGUACCUUUCUCUCUGUAAAAUACAAGGGUUUUUAAGACUCAUAAUUUGACAAGAGUAGGAAGUUCUGAACCUUCUGAACAUCCCUAGUAAAUAAGUCUGUGUUGUGACUUAUAAGAAAGGAGAGGAAAUAAUGACUGUAGGACUCCGGGUGAGAGAACAGCUGCAGUCUUCUGGAUGUUAGCAGAUUUGCAUAGCGAGAGAUUCCGGCCAGUUUCUCCGGAAUAAUAAUGAAAAUCAUCCUAAAUGCAAGAGAAACAGAAGUCAGAACCAGCACCUGAGAUUACCAACCAGUGCUCACUGAAGGACUCGAACUGCUCGUCACCCUGCUGCCAUUCAGGAAGUGAAGGGAGUCACAACCUUUUUUUUUUUAAAUGAGGUAGGGCCUCAUUCUGCGACCCAGGAUGAACCUGAACUCUCAGCAAUCCUCCUGCUUCAGCACCUGCGUACUGGGAUUAUGAGUCCGAGCCACUGUGCCUAGUUGACAAUGGCAUCUUAAAGAGAAACAUUUAACUUGAUCUGUGCGUGUUUAUUACCUUUAAAAGACCAGCUGCUGGGCCUAGUAGAGCUUGUCUGUCAUCCUGGCUUCCUGGGGUCUGAAGCAGGAAGAGUGAAGAACUCAGCCAGUGAGAUGGCUCUGUGGGUAAAGGCUCUUGCCCCUAAGCCUGGGAACCCAAGCCAAGUCCCCAGAAACCACAUAAUAAGAGGAAAGUUAAAUUCAAGACCAGUCUAGGCUACAGAGUUAAUUCAAGCCUAAUCCGCUAAUUUAACAAGAACUAUCUAGAAAUGAACUGGAAAUACCGGAGUGGAGCUGGGUGUGUAGCUCAGUGGUAGGGAGCUUGUGGGCCCUGCAUGAGCCCUACGUUCAGUCAUCAAUAGUGGGCAGAAGGGACGGAGGGAAAAAGAAAAGUAGCUACUUCAUGACUCUCGCCUCUCUUUCCCUAUGAACUAAAACACCUACUUUGUGUUCUGUCCCAAUCUUGACAGGCCUCAACAGAGGACUAAUUUUCCAACGUUUCCAACAAGGAAUCAACAUAGGUUUUUGUGGUGAGCUUAAGGUAUACAGCAAUCAUUUAAAAAAAUAUGUAGAACCUAUCAGAUGAUACUGUAAGGUUUAUGAGCCCACAAACACAGUAAAACUGUUAACGCUAGACAAGGUACAGCACUCCAGACCAUGCUUGCCCUUACUCUGAACUGCGAUAGAGGAGGUGACACACGGUGGGAAAGAGCUCAGGGGACUCAGCUUUAUUUCUAACACUUUUCCCGAUUUUUUUUAAGUUACCUAGCUAAGCACGGUCAUGCACACAUGUCAUCCCAACGCCUCCCCUGCAGCCAGAGCUGCCCAGAGAGGCAAAUAUCUCUUCCUGGGUAGAGAGCAGUCUCUAAUGUUCCCUUCGACUUUGCAAGUGAACUAGGAAAUCCCAAAACUUGUCAGGCUCUCAAAACAAGAUAACAGCAGUAAGGGAAACUGGUUCUCUCCCAAGUACCUUCUAAGUUAUCAAAUGGUAGAAACGUUGUGGGCAGAUGGGGAGCUCGUAGGACAAUAUUCCCAUACAGGCUUAAACCUGUUUCAGCAGAGUCCAGGAAGAGAGAAGAGGUUGGACGUUGGGUUCUAGCACCUAGAAUGUAAUUCUUCAAUGCAGGACCGUGCCUUCCAUUCCUGUCAGCAUUCCUGCUCUCCAGUGUCUCCUCCCCCUCCCUGUGUCUACAAUCAUAUAGAAUGUCUAGCUCUUUACACAGAGGAAGCAUCCCAACAUUCUAGUCAAUGAUAGUGUCACAAUGGGUCUUCUAACGACAUCAUCAAGAUGCUUUCUAGUUGGUCCAAGUGGGGUUGACCAUAACCUCAGGACUCCUUGAGGCUUCCUAGUGGACGCUUAUUAGCAUUCGCCUAGAUUCUGUGAAGAAGAAAAAAAAAAAAGAAGAAGAAGAAGAAGAAAUACAAAGAAAUCACCCAAAUGUUUAAAAUGCCUGUCAAAAAGCGAGGUGAUUUCUUGAUUGACUCUGAUUCAGACGAUGAGGUCAUGGAUCCCAUCACCAUGAGAAAUCCCAAAGGCAGUAAGUCACUGAGCUUGCAAUUUGAAAUUCCAGAGUCAGUACAGGCAGUCAUCAAUAAGAUUGAGCAAUCGCAGAUGAUUCGGGCCCAAGAGGAUGUUAUUACAAAGCUGAGUGGAAUUAUGACCAACGUGCAGCUGAUAAUGACCCGGUAUAAUAUUGACAGCCUGUCCCCUGGGAGGAAGGUCUCCAUCUCGGAAGUCCAGAAAAAGACGAGAAAGGUUUUCUUAGAAAAGAUUGCCACUUGUGUGAAGAAUGCUGACAUAAGAGAAAGGGCUCUCUCCAAGACUCUGUCCUGGCUGGAAGAAUGGAAUUUUGUUCUGUCUGAGGUGGGCGCCAUCAACAUGGAUGAGCACUACCACUGGAUCGCCAAGGUGGAGUUGAUGCCGGAAAUGCUGAAGAGCAUCAACAAUAAUGUGGAUUCCAUGAUCCGAAUGAUCUUAUUCCUCCUCGAAGAAAGGAAGAGGCUAAAGAAAAAGUCAGUGGCCAGAGGCACUCUCUGGAAAGUGUGGAAAGACCGGGCUAUAAAGCGGCCUGCCACGGCGCAGGCUUUAAGGCCAGAUCAGAUGAUUUCCGACCAGAUUGGCCUAAAUGCGAAGGUUACAGAGAUCCAAAGCAUGCUGCAGGAGCUCAUCAGUACCUCCAUGUUCAGCAAGCUGGAGAACAAUGCCAUUAAAUACAUGUCUGCGACGCUGCUCAAUCUCUCCAAGGCCUUGAAUACCGUCAACGAAGAGCUCAGACUCGUGAGCUUUCGAGUUGCCAGGCCGUUUCUCCACGAAGACCAAGGGACAGAGAAAGAUACAGACAACUCCCAGCAAGUCAUCCAAGAACUCAUUGAAGAGAACGAGAUGCUUCAGGAGAAACUUAGAGAAUCCGAAGAAAAAUGUGACCAACUUAUUCGCGUCAAAAACUAUCUCGGACGCCCGAUACAUCCCUCAGCUCCGACCUUGAGGACGAUGGUUACGCUGCCUCUGCAGGUCCCGUACGUCAGCAGAGAUGUCCACAGGGAGGAGGCUGGCAGUGAGGAACAGACUGAUGACUCCCAGAAGAAGGGGGCUAAAAGCACCACAGUAAAGUGGGAACCAUCUGGGGGUGAAGUGGCCCUGGCUGCAGAUAUGCAGCAAGCCGAGGACAGAGCUGUGAUGACCCAGGACCAGAAGAAACUCAAAGGCCUACCACUGACGGCUGAGACCUCAGACAUAAAUCUGGAAACGGCGGAAAAGAGAACUGGUCAGCUUGCUAUUCCAAAAGCAAUGGAAAAGAAGAAACCAAGUAAACAGAAGGCCCAGGAAGUCAAAGGCACACCGAGUGUCCUGUGGGAACAACUCGGGAAGGGGAAAUCGGAGCAGCUGCUUCGGAGCAGCCCAGGCUCGCCAGGGAGUAGAGAGUCCACCCUGAAGUUACCAGACAAAGAUGCCAAGAGUGAGGUAGAACUGAUGCAAACUGAGAGUUCCCCAGAGGUACAAAAACCGGAAACAAAGUGGAAAAAAGUAGCAGCAAAAACCGGAGUGUUAGCCUCUGCAAAACAAUCUGGUAAAGCUAAGACCCCUAAGGGGACUUCAGAGACCCCCGAAGAAAGUGAGCAGGGCAGUCUAGAAUCAUUUCAAAGGGCCAUCCUGGCUUUCCUGAGAGAGAAGAGUAGUAACAUAGGAAAGGCUUUUGAUCCAAAGAGUAUACGGAAAGAGGAGUUGUCACUGGGAAGAACGGAAGUUGAAAAAUUAAACAUCAUAAGGGAUCAAAUGGAGGAAUAUUUCCAAAGAGUGGCAGAGACUGUGACCGCAGCCUUGAGGACAUACAAGGAUGAGAAAAGGGCACAACUUAAAGAGAAGGCCAAGAAACCGUCAAAGGUGGCGCUGGGUACACCCCGGAUGCUUCCUAAGCAGGGGGCAGGCAGCGCCAAGUCUGAAGUCGGCAGAGUUCUCCUCAGUGAGAUCACAGACCCACCAAUUAGGAAACUGGUCCUGAUGCUACUAGAAGAGAUAGACAGUGAGUCCACAUUCAAAAGGACAAAGGAGCAGCAAGGGGUGGAGGCGGGGGCAGGGAAGGAGGAGCCAAGACUGAAGCCGAAGGACAGAGCACAGCUGCUGGAGACGUGGGGACAAGCAUUCAAAGCACCAGUUGCCAGCCAGGUUCAGGACCGUCUGGGGAGAGAUGCGGAAGAUGCUGAGAAGCUGAGGAAGAGGGAGCGGAGUCAUCUGGACAUAUUGAAAGCCACCAGACAAUCCUCGAUAAGUUUAAUUCCUAAGUCGCCAAUGAAGACCCCAAAAUCGCAGAGAAGUCAGGUGCAGGUGCUCCCUGUGGAGCCUGGUGCAAUGGGGGCCGCCGAGGAAGAGCAGCCCAAACUGUCUCCCUUCUCUUCCAGGGCCUCCCUUCUUUCUGCGAAGCCCCCCCCAAUGCAUGUUCUUGAGCAGGUGGAGAUGGCGGGCCAUGACAUAGCUAAGCUUUCAGGAGCAUCCCUCACCCCCGAGCAGGCACAACCUUUGACGGGUCCUCUUACUGGUGAACACACUGUAGAAUUAGAGACUGCUUUCAUAGCAGGGCAGGAGCAGCACUUGGGGACUAAGCUGAUGGUUCCUAGGACUCUUGAGCCAACACAGACUCCAAAGGGCUCUCUCACAGCAGAAGAACCCCAGGCAGUGCGAAUCUCCCAAGUGACUACUGAACAGAUACCUGGGGUCACAGGCACCCAAAGAACAGUUCUCCCCUCCCAGGAGGUUCAAGUAAAAGAUAGAAUUCUCACCUCCAAGCAGACCCUGGAACAAGAAAUCACUCUCAUCCCUGAGCAAGACAAGGGGCCAAGGAUCACUCUCACCCCUCAGCAGACCCAGGCCCUAGGCAUCACUCUUACCUCUGAGCAGACUAAGGCCCAGAGGAUCAGUCUGACUCACGAGCAGGCUCGGGCCCUUGGGAUCAUGCUCACUCCUGAGCAGUACCAAGAAGAGAGACUUAGUCUGACUCCUCAGCAGGCCCAGAUCCUGGGACUCACUCUCGACCUUCAGCAGGCUAAGGCCCUGGGAAUCACCCUCACCCCUGAGCAGACCAAGGCACAGAGGGUCAGUCUGAUCCCGCAACAGUCCCAGGCCCUGGAAGCCACUCUCACCGCUCAGCAGGCUGAAGCACAAAGAAUUAAUCUCACCCCGGAGCAGGCUGAGGUCCUGGGGCUCUCUCUGACCCCUCAGCCUAUCAUUCAUGCACCUGAGCAGGCUGAGGUCCUGGGGCUCUCUCUGACCCCUCAGCCUAUCAUUCAUGCACCUGAGCAGGCUGAGGUCCUGGGGCUCUCUCUGACCCCUCAGCCGAUCACUCUCUACCCUGAGCAGGCCCAGGCCCUGGGUAUCACCCCAACACCUCAGCCGAUCACUCUCUACCCUGAGCAGACCCAGGUCCCGGGUAUCACCCCGACCCCUCAGCCGAUCACUCGGGCCCCUGAGCAGGCCCAGGCCCCGGGUAUCACCCCAACCCCUCAGCCGAUCACUCACGCCCCUGAGCAGACCCAGGCCCCGGGUAUCACCCCGACCCCUCAGCCGAUCACUCGCGCCCCUGAGCAGACCCAGGCCCCGGGUAUCACCCCGACCCCUCAGCCGAUCACUUUCAACCCUGAGCAGGCCCGGGUCCUGGCGAUCAAUCUCAUUGAUGAGCAGGUCAGUCUGAGCCCUCAACAGGCCAAGGCUCUGGGUAUCACUCCUACCCCUCAGAUGACCACUCUCACUCCUGAACAGACUCAGGCCCUGGGUAUCACCCCAACGCCUCAGCUGAUCACUCUCUACCCUGAGCAGGCCCAGGCCCCGGGUAUCACCCCGACCCCUCAGCCGAUCACUCUCGCCCCUGAGCAGGCCCAGGCCCCGGGUAUCACCCCGACCCCUCAGCCGAUCACUCUCUCCCCUGAGCAGGCCCGGGUCCUGGCGAUCAAUCUCAUUGAUGAGCAGGUCAGUCUGAGCCCUCAACAGGCCAAGGCUCUGGGUAUCACUCCUACCCCUCAGAUGACCACUCUCACUCCUGAACAGACUCAGGCCCUGGGUAUCACUCCAAUGCCUCAGCCGAUCACUCUCUACCCUGAGCAGGCCCAGGCCCCGGGUAUCACCCCGACUCCUCAGCCGAUCACUCUCUACCCUGAGCAGGCCCAGGCCCCGGGUAUCACCCCAACCCCUCAGCCGAUCACUCGCGCCCCUGAGCAGGCCCAGGCCCCGGGUAUCACCCCAACGCCUCAGCCGAUCACUCGCGCCCCUGAGCAGGCCCAGGCCCCGGGUAUCACCCCGAACUCUCAGCCGAUCACUCGUGCCCCUGAGCAGGCCCAGGCCCCGGGUAUCACCCCAACGCCUCAGCCGAUCACUCGCGCCCCUGAGCAGACCCAGGCCCCGGGUAUCACCCCGACCCCUCAGCCGAUCACUUUCACCCCUGAGCAGGCCCAGGCCCCGGGUAUCACCCCGACCCCUCAGCCAAUCACUCACGCCCCUGAGCAGACCCAGGCCCCGGGUAUCACCCGGACCCCUCAGCCGAUCACUCGCGCCCCUGAGCAGACCCAGGCCCCGGGUAUCACCCGGACCCCUCAGCGGAUCACUCGCGCCCCUGAGCAGGCCCAGGCCCCGGGUAUCACCCCGACCCCUCAGCGGAUCACUCGCGCCCCUGAGCAGGCCCAGGCCCCGGGUAUCACCCCGACCCCUCAGCCGAUCACUCGCGCCCCUGAGCAGGCCGAGGCCCCGGGUAUCACCCGGACCCCUCAGCCGAUCACUCGCGCCCCUGAGCAGGCCCAGGCCCCGGGUAUCACCCGGAUCCCUCAGCCGAUCACUCGCGCCCCUGAGCAGGCCCAGGCCCCGGGUAUCACCCGGACCCCUCAGCCGAUCACUCGUGCCCCUGAGCAGGCCCAGGCCCCGGGUAUCACCCCGACCCCUCAGCCGAUCACUCGCGCCCCUGAGCAGACCCAGGCCCCGGGUAUCACCCCGACCCCUCAGCCGAUCACUUUCAACCCUGAGCAGGCCCGAGUCCUGGCGAUCAAUCUCAUUGAUGAGCAGGUCAGUCUGAGCCCUCAACAGGCCAAGGCUCUGGGUAUCACUCCUACCCCUCAGAUGACCACUCUCACUCCUGAACAGACUCAGGCCCUGGGUAUCACCCCAACGCCUCAGCCGAUCACUCUCUACCCUGAGCAGGCCCAGGCCCCGGGUAUCACCCCAACCCCUCAGCCGAUCACUCUCUCCCCUGAGCAGGCCCAGGCCCCGGGUAUCACCCCGACCCCUCAGCAGAUCACUCGCGCCCCUGAGCAGGCCCAGGCCCCGGGUAUCACCCCGACCCCUCAGCCGAUCACUCUCUCCCCUGAGCAGGCCCGGGUCCUGGCGAUCAAUCUCAUUGAUGAGCAGGUCGGUCUGAGCCCUCAACAGGCCAAGGCUCUGGGUAUCACUCCUACCCCUCAGAUGACCACUCUCACUCCUGAACAGACUCAGGCCCUGGGUAUCACCCCAACGCCUCAGCCGAUCACACUCUCCCCUGAGCAGGCCCAGGCCCCGGGUAUCACCCCGACCCCUCAGCCGAUCACUCUCUCCCCUGAGCAGGCCCAGGCCCCGGGUAUCACCCCGACUCCUCAGCCGACCACUCUCUACCCUGAGCAGACCCAGGCCCCGGGUAUCACCCGGAUCCCUCAGCCGAUCACUCGCGCCCCUGAGCAGGCCCAGGCCCCGGGUAUCACCCCGACCCCUCAGCCGAUCACUCGCGCCCCUGAGCAGACCCAGGCCCUGGGUAUCACCCCGACCCCUCAGCCAAUCACUUUCACCCCUGAGCAGGCCCAGGCCCCGGGUAUCACCCCGACCCCUCAGCCGAUCACUCACGCCCCUGAGCAGACCCAGGCCCUGGGUAUCACCCCGACCCCUCAGCCGAUCACUUUCACCCCUGAGCAGGCCCAGGUCCUGAGUGUCACUCCUACUCUUCAGCCAAUCACUUUCACCCCUGAGCAGGCCCAGGCCCUGGGUAUCACCCCGACCCCUCAGCCAGUCACUCUCACCCCUAAGCAGAACCAGGCCCUGGCAAUCGCUCUCACUGCUGAGCAGGUCAAGACUCAGUCAGUCAGUCUGAGCCCGAAGCAGACUCAGGCCCUGGGUAUCACCCCAACCCCUCAGCCAAUAACUUUCACCCCUGAUCAGACCCAGGCCCUGGGUAUCACCCCAACCCCUCAGCCGAUCACUCUCUCCCCUGAGCAGGCCCGGGUCCUGGCGAUCAAUCUCAUUGAUGAGCAGGUCAGUCUGAGCCCUCAACAGGCCAAGGCUCUGGGUAUCACUCCUACCCCUCAGAUGACCACUCUCACUCCUGAACAGACUCAGGCCCUGGGUAUCACCCCAACGCCUCAGCCGAUCACUCUCUACCCUGAGCAGGUCCAGGCCCUGGGUAUCACCCCGACCCCUCAGCCGAUCACUCUCUCCCCUGAGCAGGCCCAGGCCCUGGCUAUCACUCCGACCCCACCACCAAUCACUCUUGCCCCUGAGCAGACAGAAGCUCUGGGUAUCACCCCGACCCCUCAGCCAAUUACUCUUUCCCCUGAGCAGGUCCAGGCCCUGGGUAUUACUUCUACCCCUGAGCCGAUCACUCUCGACCCUGAGCAGGCCCAGGCCCUGGGUAUCAUCCCGACCCCUCAGCCGAUCACUCUCGCCCCUGAGCAGACAGAAGCCCUGGGUAUCACCCCGACCCCACCACCGAUCACUCUCACCCCUGAGGAGAUCCAAAACCUGGGGAUUUCUCUCAUUCCCAAACAACAGGAGAUCAGUCUUAGUCCCCAGCAGGCCGAAGCUCUUGGGCUUACUAUUACCCCUCAGCAGGCUCAAGUACAGAAGAUUUAUUUCACCCCUCUGCAGGCCCAAGCUCUGGGUAUCAGACUCAGCCCUGACCAGGCCGAGACACUGAAGAUCAGUCUUACCCCUGAGCAGGCCCAUUCUCUGGGCAUCAUUCUCACAGUUGAGCAGGCCAAGGCCCAGAGGAUUAAUCUGACCCCUCAGCAGGCUGAGGACUUGGGACUCACUCUCACCCCUGAGCAGGCCCAGGACCUAGGGGUUUAUCUCAUUCCCAAACGACAGCAGAUCAGUCUUAGUCCCCAGCAGGCCCAAGCUCUCGGGCUCACUCUCACCCCUCAGCAGGCUCAGGUACAGAAGAUUUAUCUGACUGCUCCGCAGGCCCAAGCUCUGGGUAUCAUUCUCAACCCUGAGCAGGCCAAGACACUGAAUAUCAGUCUUACGCCUGAGGAGGCCCACUCACUAGGCCUCACUCUCACACUUGACCAGGCCAAGGCACAGAGGGUCAGUCUGACCCCUCAGCAGGCUGAGGACUUGGGAAUAACUCUCACCCCUGAGCAGGCCCAGGACCUAGGGAUUUCUCUCAUUCCUAAAGAACGGGAGAUAAGUUUCAGUCCUGAGCAGGCCCAAGCUCUGGGGCUCACUCUCACCCCUCAGCAGGCUCAAGUAGAGAAGAUUUAUCUCACCCCUCAGCAUGCCCAAGCUCUGGGUAUCAGACUCAGCCCUGAGCAGGCCAAGACAAUGAAGAUCAGUCUUAGCCCUGAGCAAGCCCAAUCUCUGGGCAUCAUUCUCACAGUUGAGCAGGCCAAGGCCCAGAAGAUUAAUCUGACCCUUCAGCAGGCUGAGGACUUGGGACUCACUCUCACCCCUGAGCAGGCCCAGGACCUAGGGGUUUCUCUCAUUCCUAAAGAACAGGAGAUAAGUUUCAGUCCUGAGCAGGCCCAAGCUCUGGGGCUCACUCUCACCCCUCAGCAGGCUCAAGUAGAGAAGAUUUAUCUCAACCCUCAGCAGGCCCAAGCUCUGGGUAUCAAACUCAGCCCUGAGCAGGCCAAGACAAUGAAGAUCAGUCUUAGCCCUGAGCAAGCCCAAUCUCUGGGCAUCAUUCUCACAGUUGAGCAGGCCAAGGCCCAGAAGAUUAAUCUGACCCUUCAGCAGGCUGAGGACUUGGGACUCACUCUCACCCCUGAGCAGACCCAGGACCUAGGGGUUUAUCUCAUACCUAAAGAACAGGAGAUCAGUCUUAGUCCUGAGCAGGCCCAAGCUCUGGGGCUCACUCUCACCCCUCAGCAGGCCAAGGCACAGAAGAUUUAUCUCACCCCUCAGCAGGCCCAAGCUCUGGGUAUCAAACUCAGCCCUGAGCAGGCCAAGACACGGGGGUUCAGUCUUACCUCUGAGCAGGCCCAAGAUUUGGGCAUCAUUCUUACAGUUGAGCAGGCCAAGGCCCAGAGGAUUAAUCUGACCCUUCGGCAGGCUGAGGACUUGGGACUCACUCUCACCUCUGAGCAGGCUGAGGCCUUGGGAAUAACUCCUUCCCCACGGCAGGCUGAGGCCUUGGGAAUAACUCCUUCCCCUGGGCAGGCUGAGGCCUUGGGAAUAACUCCUACCCCAUGGGAGGCUGAGGCCUUGGGAAUAACUCCUACCCCAUGGGAGGCUGAGGCCUUGGGAAUAGCUCCUACUCCUAGGCAGGCUGAGGCCUUGGGAAUAGCUCCUACUCCUGAGCAGGCUGAGGCCUUGGGAAUAGCUCCUACCCCUGAGCAGGCUGAGGCCUUGGGAAUAGCUCCUACUCCUAGGCAGGCUGAGGCCUUGGGAAUAACUCCUUCCCCUGGGCAGGCUGAGGCCUUGGGAAUAACUCCUACCCCUGGGCAGGCUAAAGCCUUGGGAGUAGCUCCUUCCAAACGGCAGGCUAAGGCCUUGAGAAUAGCUCCUACUCCUAGGCAGGCUAAGGCCUUGGGAGUAGCUCCUACUCCUAGGCAGGCUGAGCCCUUGGGAAUAACUCCUAUCCCAUGGGAGGCUGAGGACUUGGGACUCACUCUCACCCCUGAGCAGGCCCAGGACCUAGGGGUUUCUCUCAUUCCUAAAGAACAGGAGAUCAGUCUUAGUCCUGAGCAGGCCCAAGCUCUGGGGCUCACUCUCACCCCUCAGCAGGCCAAGGCACAGAAGAUUUAUCUCACCCCUCAGCAGGCCCAAGCUCUGGGUAUCAAACUCAGCCCAGAGCAGGCCAAGACAAUGAAGAUCAGUCUUAGCCCUGAGCAAGCCCAAUCUCUGGGCAUCAUUCUCACAGUUGAGCAGGCCAAGGCCCAGAAGAUUAAUCUGACCCUUCAGCAGGCUGAGGACUUGGGACUCACUCUCACCCCUGAGCAGGCCCAGGACCUAGGGGUUUCUCUCAUUCCUAAAGAACAGGAGAUAAGUUUCAGUCCUGAGCAGGCCCAAGCUCUGGGGCUCACUCUCACCCCUCAGCAGGCUCAAGUAGAGAAGAUUUAUCUCAACCCUCAGCAGGCCCAAGCUCUGGGUAUCAGACUUAGCCCUGAGCAGGCCAAGACAAUGAAGAUCAGUCUUAGCCCUGAGCAAGCCCAAUCUCUGGGCAUCAUUCUCACAGUUGAGCAGGCCAAGGCCCAGAAGAUUAAUCUGACCCUUCAGCAGGCUGAGGACUUGGGACUCACUCUCACCCCUGAGCAGGCCCAGGACCUAGGGGUUUCUCUCAUUCCUAAAGAACAGGAGAUAAGUUUCAGUCCUGAGCAGGCCCAAGCUCUGGGGCUCACUCUCACCCCUCAGCAGGCUCAAGUAGAGAAGAUUUAUCUCAACCCUCAGCAGGCCCAAGCUCUGGGUAUCAGACUCAGCCCUGAGCAGGCCAAGACAAUGAAGAUCAGUCUUAGCCCUGAGCAAGCCCAAUCUCUGGGCAUCAUUCUUACAGUUGAGCAGGCCAAGGCCCAGAAAAUUAAUCUGACCCUUCAGCAGGCUGAGGACUUGGGACUCACUCUCACCCCUGAGCAGGCCCAGGACCUAGGGGUUUCUCUCAUUCCUAAAGAACAGGAGAUAAGUUUCAGUCCUGAGCAGGCCCAAGCUCUGGGGCUCACUCUCACCCCUCAGCAGGCUCAAGUAGAGAAGAUUUAUCUCAACCCUCAGCAGGCCCAAGCUCUGGGUAUCAAACUCAGCCCUGAGCAGGCCAAGACAAUGAAGAUCAGUCUUAGCCCUGAGCAAGCCCAAUCUCUGGGCAUCAUUCUCACAGUUGAGCAGGCCAAGGCCCAGAAGAUUAAUCUGACCCUUCAGCAGGCUGAGGACUUGGGACUCACUCUCACCCCUGAGCAGACCCAGGACCUAGGGGUUUCUCUCAUUCCUAAAGAACAGGAGAUCAGUCUUAGUCCUGAGCAGGCCCAAGCUCUGGGGCUCACUCUCACCCCUCAGCAGGCCAAGGCACAGAAGAUUUAUCUCACCCCUCAGCAGGCCCAAGCUCUGGGUAUCAAACUCAGCUCUGAGCAGGCCAAGACAAUGAAGAUCAGUCUUAGCCCUGAGCAAGCCCAAUCUCUGGGCAUCAUUCUUACAGUUGAGCAGGCCAAGGCCCAGAAAAUUAAUCUGACCCUUCAGCAGGCUGAGGACUUGGGACUCACUCUCACCCCUGAGCAGGCCCAGGACCUAGGGGUUUAUCUCAUUCCUAAAGAACAGGAGAUCAGUCUUAGUCCUGAGCAGGCCCAAGCUCUGGGGCUCACUCUCACCCCUCAGCAGGCCAAGGCACAGAAGAUUUAUCUCACCCCUCAGCAGGCCCAAGCUCUGGGUAUCAAACUCAGCCCUGAGCAGGCCAAGACAAUGAAGAUCAGUCUUAGCCCUGAGCAAGCCCAAUCUCUGGGCAUCAUUCUCACAGUUGAGCAGGCCAAGGCCCAGAGGAUUAAUCUGACCCUUCGGCAGGCUGAGGACUUAGGACUCACUCUCACCUCUGAACAGGCUGAGGCCUUGGGAAUAACUCUUUCCCCUGGGCAGGCUGAGGCCUUGGGAAUAGCUCCUACCCCUGGGCAGGCUGAGGCCUUGGGAGUAGCUCCUACCCCACGGCAGGCUGAGGCCUUGAGAAUAACUCCUUCCCCAAGGCAGGCUGAGGCCUUGGGAAUAACUCCUUCCCCAAGGCAGGCUGAGGGCUUGGGUAUAACUCCUUCCCCACGGCAGGCUGAGGCCUUGGGAAUAGCUCCUACCCCUGAGCAGGCUGAGGCCUUGGGAAUAGCUCCUACCCCAAGGCAGGCUAAGGCCUUGAGAAUAGCUCCUACUCCUAGGCGGGCUAAAGCCUUGGGAAUAACUCCUUCCCCUGGGCAGGCUAAAGCCUUGGGAAUAACUCCUUCCCCUGGGCAGGCUAAAGCCUUGGGAAUAACUCCUUCCCCUAAGCAGGCUGAGGCCUUGGGAAUAACUCCUUCCCCUAAGCAGGCUGAGGCCUUGGGAAUAACUCCUUCCCCUGGGCAGGCUAAAGCCUUGGGAAUAACUCCUUCCCCUGGACAGGCUAAAACCUUGGGAAUAACUCCUUCCCCUGGGCAGGCUAAAGCCUUGGGAAUAACUCCUUCCCCUGGGCAGGCUGCGGCCUUGGGAAUAACUCCUUCCCCUGGGCAGGCUAAAGCCUUGGGAAUAACUCCUUCCCCUAAGCAGGCUGAGGCCUUGGGAAUAACUCCUUCCCCUAAGCAGACUGAGGCCUUGGGAAUAACUCCUUCCCCUGGGCAGGCUAAAGCCUUGGGAAUAACUCCUUCCCCUGGGCAGGCUAAAACCUUGGGAAUAACUCCUUCCCCUGGGCAGGCUAAAGCCUUGGGAAUAACUCCUUCCCCUGAGCCUGGCAAAGAAAGUUUAGGUCUGACCCCUGAGCAAGUUCAGGCCUUGAGUACCAGUUUCUUCCCUAAGGAAACCCAGUCCUUGGGAAUUUAUCUCACCCCAAAGCAGGCCUGGAAAUUGGGGAUCACUCUUACUACUACUCAAGCCAAGGUAAUGAAGAUUAGUUUGACCCCUGAGCAGGCCCAGGCCCUGGGGAUCACUUUCACCCCUGAGCAGGCCAAGGCACGGAGGACCAGUCUGACCCCUGAGCAGGCCCAGGCUCUGGGGGUCGCACUCACACCUCAGCAGGCCAAGGCCCAGAGGAUCACUCUCACCCCAGAGCAGGCCCAGGGCCUGGGGGUCGCUCUCACUCCUGAGCAGGCCCUGGCCCUGGGGAUUGCUCUCAUCCCCGAUAAUGCCCAGGCACAAGGUAUUCUUUCUCUCAGGAAAUCCCAGGAUUUGGAUGUUCCAUUAACUCAUAAACAAGCAGAAGCACUAAGGAGCCGUUUUUCUGUGAAGCAACUUGAAGCCCUGGGAACCCAAAGACUUAUCUCUGAGUCUGUCCAAAUGCCAAAGCCAGCUGUCGCUUCUAAACAGACCCAGACAAUUGGAAUCCCACUAACUACUCAACUGUCCCAGGGACUUGGAGUUCCACUUACAAAGAGACAGGACACAGCAGUGGGGAUCUCUCCCCUCCUUCCCAGGCAGACCCAGGCAUUUGAGCCUGCCCAGGCAAAGCAGCCUCCCCUCAGACCCAGGCAGGCCCCACCAUGGCAGGACCAGCUUGCUCCAGGGCUCACAAAGACACUGGUAUUCACCAUCAGUCUCCAGAAAGCCUGGAACUUGGGUCUCACUUUUACCUAUGAACAAAUGCAGGCAGCAGCGGUCACCCUCACCUCUGAGCAGGUGGCAGCAUUAGAAGAUGCUCUCACUGAGGCAAUGGCUUGGAGAUGGGAGACUUUAGUCACACCAGAAAGGGUUCAAGCGGCAUCAAACAUUACUGCUAAGCAUCUGCAAGCACUGGGAGCUACUGCUCGUCAGUCAGUUCAGGCAUUUCGCACUCCUUUUACCUUGGAAAGGCCUGCCGCAUUGGUUCCUUCCACUGACUGGCCUCCUCUCACUCAAGCCCCAUUUCCCCUUACGACAAGCCUAGGAGUGAGUAUUCUUCCAGACUCUGAGAAGCCACGGAUGUCUCCUCCCUACAGACAGACUCUUGCAGACAGGGGCCAAGGCGUUCCUGCACAGGUCCAAGGACCAGAAGAAGUCCCUCCUUCCAGUAGACAGCUCCUAGCACCUGGGGCUCCUCCCACUCCAGGGCCUCCUCUGGGCCCUAAGCACUUCUUCAAACCAAAAGACACUUGGCCACCUCUAGUAUCAGAACCCUACUUCCCCCACCGAACACCUCCUGCGUCUAGAGUCCCACCCACCUCUGGAGAGGCGCCAGGACUUGUUUCUGGAGACACUGCUGCCCAGAAGGAGCUCCUGGUUUCCAGAACCUCCCUCUUCCAGCCUCCUGCCUUCCGUGAGCAAGCUCCCUCUCCUGCCCCUGAAUGGCAAGAGCCAUCGUGGACCAUUCCCAUGCAAGGGUUGGUACCAAUAAGCUCCUCCUUCCCGCUGCAUCCCUCCACAGCAGAGGCCCUCCCAACCCCUGGAAGAUCUCAGAGAAUUCCCCCCUCUUCAACCACUCAGAGAAGUUCAGAAGCCAAACCUCUAAAACCUAAGUCAGCGAGAGCUCUUCCGGGUGUUGCUCUGGGUUUUGAGGCCUCUCCGGCUCCUUUCCCUAUCGAGAAGACCCAAGUACCUAAGGUUUCUGACACUUCAGAACAAACUCAAGUACUCCAAGGUUCUUUUGACAUGCAACCAUUUGGAAUAUUUCAGCCUUAUGUCACCAGCUCCAGGAUACCACGGUCACAGUCCCCUCUCACUGGUGAGAAAGCCCUUUCCAGAGAGAAGCCUGGAAUACCACUACCGUCUCUCACCACUCAACUCCCCCAAACACAACAGAUCUUACCUUCUGAAAAGAGCCAGAAACCACAGCUCCCCCCGAUAGACAAGCCCUGGACACCAACCCCUGUUUCUGGUACCAGAGAAGCCAAGAUGAUGGUGCCCCCUUUCACUGAUCAGCACUCUGAGGACAGAUAUGUCAUUGAUGUGGAGGCUCAGAGGAAGAAUCUGGUCACAUUAAAUCAGGCUGCACAAACUUCUGGACUCCCUGAACAAUAUCUCACAGUUGCCAAGAAUCUCAUCAUCGAAUUGCUUCAUAUAGAUACAGUUCGGCUAGGGUAUCUGUCCCGCAAGUAUGUUGCCUAUAGGCUGAUCCAGCUUGCCAGAAACCACCUAAGCAAACGAGUGAAAACCAUCCAAAACACUGGGAAAGGGUAUGAGCUUCAGAACUUGUACAUCAUGCUGAACAGAAUCGAUCAGUACCAGAAGAAGGUAAUGCAGGGUUGGACAGACAAACAGAAACAUCUGGAGCAGAGACGAAGGCAGUGCCUAUGGACUAUGACGCAGUUCUUCAGCCAGCUUGAGAGGGUGUUUAAACUAAAUCUUAGCCAGCCCAUGCCCUCCAUCUCCAGCUUUAAGAAGAUACCCAAAUUCACCAAACUUCAACGGCCGGUCUUGGACUUAUUGAUUGAUGACAGCAAAAGAUCCGAUGUUUUCAAAAGACGUGGGCAAGCCCCAGUGGAGGCUGUGUGGAAUGCUGACCUGUCUACAUCAAGCUACCCAGUGGUAGAGAAAACACCAAUGAAUCUACUCUGGGCCCAGCUGGGCGGGUACCCAGAUAUUCCCAAACUGCUGCAGUUAGAUAUUCAGUCGACCUUAAGAAAAUCUCUUGCCUCCAUCUGCCCACGGUCUAAGAAGAUUCGAAAGUGAACACAAAACUAAAAGACAAGCACGUAGAAAUCAAAUUUCAAUGUUUCAGUAAAACGUUGGUUUUUGGCUUUUUGUCUUACAUAAAAUAUUAAUUAUUAUGUUUA